GAGAAGCUCAAGCCACCUUGUUCUCAGGCAGGGUGUAUUAUAUGUGCAAUGUCUGGCUUGGUAGCAUUUGAUAGUGACUCCCAGCCUCGUCACCCUUGGUACAAGGAGAGGUUAUGUAAAAGAUAUCUCAAGGAUUCCAACCCUAAAAUAAACUUUUCUGGUGCCCUCAGUAGUCGACGUUGGACCUUCUUGCCUAAAGGAGUGGAUGAUUUCCGAGAUGGUUAUCCUUUGUCCUCCAAUGCCACUUUCAUUCCAUCUAACAAAGGACCUUCUCCUGUGUUGAAGAAUGUAACAGAUGAAACCGAGAGAAAGCCAAUAAAAAGAUUCACCAGAGAGCAAGCUUGUUUCUCAAAGCUUCUCCCUUUACAGCAGGCACGCAGAGAAUACAUUGAAGAAAUAGAAUAUGGUCUCACACAACAUCCACUUGCUCUUUAUCCACAUCUAGAAGAAGGGGUUCCACCAGAACUCUUUGAAGAAAUAGUGGAUGUCCUAGAUCCUGAGAUGCGUUUGAGAAGUGCGUCUGGUUCAUAUAUAGCUGUGAAUGAAGAGGAGGAGGAGGAAGAGCUUGAUACACCACAAAAGGAGCUAUCAGAUAUCAAGAGUGUGAAGUCCAGGGAUGCAAGCACUAGACAGUCAGCAUUGAGCGAAGAGUCCAAGCACAAAAAUCCAUACACAUGGCUCUCUAAGAAGGAAGAGUCUGCCAGGGAAGCCAAUAAAUCCAAAAAGAAGAGUAACUCUACUCCUGUUGUAGAUGAAAACGUUAAACAAGUGACUAAGGAGUUCUGUGGUUGGGUGGCUUCUUUGGGAGGGGAGCAGUACAGUAUUCAGGAAGAGACUAUAUUCAGUCUUUUUAACAGUGGACAUGAUACUAAGCCUACCCUCAGCGUCCCCAUCCAUGUGGUGGAAUUGAAUAACGUGCCUGCCGAGCUACGGAUGUUGGUUGGAGCCUCCCCUCAACAAACAUCUUGGAGCAGUUAUCAUGUCAUGGAUCACAAGACCCAAUCCAAGGCAAGUGAGCCUGCUUACUGUCCUAGCUGGGUGAAAACUACCUAUGGAGCUUGGUACCUUGAUCCAAAAACCUGGAUGAAAAGGAGAAGUAAUGAACAACUUAAAGAUCCAAAAUUCAAUGAGAAUGAUAAUGGAAAGGAUUCAAAUAGAUUAAACACAAAGGAUGAAGAGCUAUUGCACCUUCAUGGAACUAUAGCCUUUAAGGAGUUUAUUGAAAAAAAUAGAUGCCGAAAACCUGAGUUUCUCUCCAAGCUGUUUGCAAAAAAUGACACUUGUGAUACAGAAAAAGAAGUGGCAAGAGAAUCUAGGACAUUUUCACCUAGCACCUGGAUCCGUUCCAACUCUGCCUCCACCCAUGAAGACAGUAUUAUAAAUUAAGCGUCUGUCUGCUUUCAUGUUGUCACAAUAUUCACUUUGAAUAAAUAUUAACCAAGUGCAGAGUUAAUGUGUACUGCUCAUGUAGGAAAAAUGCAGUGUAAGUUAAUGAAGACACAAACACUGAUAUCCACCUGGUAUAUUAUCCUAGAACAGAAAAAUAGCCUUUGCUAAUGUUAAUUUUUAAUCAUAAUAAAAUAUUCUGCAUUUUUA